UGUGACGUAGUCAUGUGACUCAGCAUCGCAUUUCAUUCAUCAUGGCGGCGACUGCGUCCGUCUUCCUCAGAGUGAGAACAGGAUCGAAGGUUGGAGCAGAGUACGACCAGGAAGGCCAGCUGAUCCAGGUGGAGAGCAGAGAAGAUGAGGAACAAACCGUGAAGCUGGCAGAAAUCCUGGAUCUGCUGCUGGCUGCGGGUUACUUCCGGGCCCGCAUCAAAGGCCUGUCCCCAUUUGAUAAGGUUGUUGGUGGAAUGACCUGGUGCAUAACCACAUGUAACUUUGACAUAGAUGUCGAUCUACUCUUCCAAGAAAAUUCCACUAUUGGACAGAAAAUAGCCCUGACAGAGAAAAUUGUUUCUGUUUUACCAAAGAUGAAGUGUCCUCAUCGCCUGGAACCCCAUCAGAUCCAAGGCUUGGAUUUUAUUCAUAUUUUCCCAGUGAUACAAUGGUUGGUGAAGCGAGCCAUAGAGACGAGAGAAGAGAUGGGAGAUUAUGUGAGAGCCUAUUCCAUUUCUCAGUUCCAGAAGAGCCAUUCCUUCCCUGAGGAUCAAGAACUUCUCCAGAGAAAAGACAAAGCUGUGAAGGCCGUUCUGGAUGUAUUGGAAGUGUACAAACCUGAGAGAAAGUACAGAAGACAGAAAGAUGCAGAACUCCUCCUGGAUGAGGAGUCCAGGAUCCAUUUUACUCUGCUGGAGUAUGGCAGAAUGUGUGAAGCUAUGCUGAGAUAUGGACUAAAUAAGCAGUGUAAACAAAACAAGGAAGAUGAGGGGCAGUUCAGUGGGCCUCAGGCAAUACCUGCCAGCAUUACUGAAGUGUUGGAAGAAGACAAGCUGCAGGCAGCAGAAGAGGGGAAGCUGACUGCAAGUGCUGUGGGUCAGAUAGUUGGACUCCAAUCUGAGGAGAUCAAACUGAUUGCCUCGGAGUACGCUGGAAAGCAGUUGAAACGUUCUUCAGAGGAGCGGUCAGAACGCUACGGUCCAGUACAACAGCACCGCCGGGCCGUCGCCUCACUGGACAAACAGAUCCAACAAAAAGCCGAGCAGCUGAAGGAGCUCAAAGUAAAGCAUGCAGAGGAGAAAGCCUGCAAUGAAGAAGCGAAGAGGAGUCUGCUGGAGGCUACAGAACACUCAAUAAAACUGGAGACUGAGAUGAAGACACUAGAAGAGAUGGAGGAGCAAGCAGACAGUGGUCUGAUGGAGAAGCUCAGGGCUUUGGUGACGAUGAAUGAGAACCUGAAGCAACAAGAGCAGCAGUUUCGGACACACUGCAGAGAAGAGAUGGUCCGUCUACAGCAGAACAUUGAAGAGCUGAAGUCAGCAUCAGGACAGGACACAGAGGAGGAGCAGGAGAGGAGGCAGCUAAUAGACCAACAGUACAGUUCAGAUAGAGAGAAGCUGCAAAAAGUCCGCCUGCUCAUGGCUCGCAGGAACCGUGAGAUCGCAAUCUUGCAGAGGAAGAUCGAUGAGGUGCCUAGCCGGGCAGAGCUGACCCAGUACCAGAAGAGAUUUAUUGAACUCUACAGCCAAGUUUCUGCUACCCACAAAGAGACCAAGCAGUUCUUCACUCUCUAUAACACCUUAGAUGAUAAGAAGGUCUAUCUCGAGAAGGAGGUAAAUCUGCUGAAUUCAAUUCAUGACAACUUUCAACAAGCUAUGUCAUCUGCAGCUGCCAGGGAUCAGUUCCUCAGACAGAUGGAGCAGAUAGUGGAGGGGAUCAAACAGAGUCGCAUCAAGAUGGAGAAGAAGAAACAAGAAAACAAAAUGAGAAGAGAUCAGUUGAAUGAUGAAUACCUGGAGCUGCUUGACAAGCAGAGGCUCUACUUCAAGACUGUUAAAGAUUUUAAAGAGGAGUGCCGCAAAAAUGAGAUGCUGCUGUCCAAACUAAGAGCAAAAGGAGCUUCCUAACUUUGUUCUACCUGCUGGCCCUGUGUUUUCUUAAGCUAGCUUGAAGCUUUGAUAUACAUUGAUUGAAGUGUGUGGGAUCACAGAACAUGGUUAUUUUAGUUAUGCUUCACAGGCCAGAAACCCAGUUUCUUAAUGGGUGCCCAUCACAGCAGAUUUUACCAUAAAUGUGUCAUUUGGCUUUAGAACGUUUUCAUGGGAUCGAGGCCUUUGUAACAUAAAGAUUACAAAUGACCAACAUGCUUUGUGAUAUCUGUUUAGUCCGAGCUAUUGGUGUAUUAUAACAAGACUGAAGUAAACACUAUUCCUGAUACUGUAUGCUUUCCCAAAGUCAACAAAAGAUCUUUGACAUGUCUGUUCCUGCUUUAGUGCCUCAGAUCCUGCUGUAGCCAUUGUUGCAAUACAAUUACAUUAUUGUAACUAGCUGUUGAUAAAAUAUUUUAUGUUGACAAUAAAAUAUUGGAAAACUUGAUAAUCAAGAGUAAAAGUGGUUAAUGAUGAGUCUAUGAAAUUAACAGCCGAUGGGUUGUGAAUGUGAACAAUCAGAACUUAAAUCUCCACCAGGUGAGUAAUGGAAAAAAAAAAAAUCUAAAUCAAUAAACAUGUAAAGAUUCUGACAUUAAUGUAAUAUAUUCUUCUAAGGCUUUUCGCUUCAGGGGUUGCUACAGCAAAUCAUCUGUCUCUGUUUAGUCCUGUUCUCUGCAGCCCUUUUCCUUUACACCAACUAUCACCACAUCCAUAAAUCUCCUUUGUGGUCUUCUUGGCCUCUUGCCCCAUAACUCCAGCCUCAACAUCCUUCUACUGAUCUAGUCAUAGGUCCUGUCCCAAUACUCGCACUUCUUCCUUUGUUCAGGGACUUUGGCGAAGUAUAACCCACUUGCAUUGCUGCAAGUGAUGUUUUGAGUUAAAAGGCGGAUUUAUGGCAAUGUUUCUUUUUUCCAUCUUCAUAGAAAAUUCAACAAAAUUGAAUUGGACAGGUUUAUGACACAGCACAUAUUAGUGAUAAAGAAAUUUGAUAUGAUAAACUGGGAUAGUCACAAACUAAGGAAAGUAAAACAAAAUGUUACAAAUGCAAGACAAAUUUCAAAUCUUAAACUAAGCUAUUAACAUAUUGGUAUAAAGAUUGGACUUUUGUGAUGUUGCAACAUUUAAACACUCAAAUUAAAUUAUUUAACUUUAAAAAUGGAGGUGAUUUUUAGAAAGCAGUAUUUGUGAAUAAAAACUUAACUUGAAGAUUAGAUUGUUGAUAUAAUUUAACUCUUCAUCCCUAAUUUCAUUAUAUUAAAACUUAAAGAUGGAAUUAGAUUUCUUGUACAAUAGCCACUUUUGAAAAUCUUUCUAAAAACAUUAAUGAAGUUGCAAUUGAAAAAAAAGGUGCAUUGUUUCAGAACAAUGCACCUGAGAUACAUUUUGUGACAUCUCAGUCACAAAAUGCUGGAAUUGAUAUUAGAAUUUCUUUUGCAGAAAAUCAUUACAGGGAAAACUUUACAUAAUUAUGAAAUUAAUAUCUUACAUUUUUUUGUUGGAGUAGAAUAGAAAGCUGUUUGGUUCCUAUUUUCUUUAGAGAUGUCGUCAUGAUUUUCAAACAAAUGUUUUCUUUUCAGGUUAGCGGGGAAGAAAUUUGAUGUUGGUGUUUCCCAGAAAUUUCCUGACAUUUUUGGUUUAUAAAGUCACAAUUAGUUUAUUUUAAGUAGGACAUUUUAGUUUCAUUAGUCUUUUCACAAUGUAGCAUCAGACCUUUGUACUGUUUUGUUGUUUACAUAUGCCAUAUGUUUGUCCUUAUUUGUUAGCACAUUAGCUUCACUUUAUACAAAGCUAACUUUUAGCCACAUGAGAGUUUGGUUUUUUUUCGAGUGACAGCUGAAUAUGUAAUUAUGUCUCUAAAUUACUCAAAUUGACUGUUAUAUUCAAUGUCAGUGUAUUUUUUUGCCA